AUGUCUGAAAAGUCCUUGCUCCUUCCUCUCCCAAUCAACGAACAAAUCUAUGAAGAAUACCUCAUCAAAGUUGGCACGAGUUCGGAAGAUAUUUCUCUCAUCUCAUCAUCACUGAACGAAAUUAACAAACAAAUUGACAACCUUUUUAGCAACGCCAUUUCACACAACGAUGAAUCAUUUGCUUCCAAAAUUACAACAUCAAACGAAAUGUUACAAUUAUUCAAAUAUGACGUUCCAAAGAAAACACCAGGAGCCUUCGCCUGCAGUAGAGCAAAGGACGAAAAACAAUUUGAUUUAUUACAGUGUGCUUUUGGAAUGGAACACGUAAAUCCAAAGGAUGAUCGUGUGAUUGCACUUGCAAAAUUUAUUCAUCUAUUGUACGAAAUUGUGAAUGCCUUGCAGAAGGAGGUUCAGUGUGAAUGGUUGGGAAUUUAUAAAAACAUUCACUCAUGCCUGUACAAGAUGAGUUAUUAUGGAAAGUUCAGUCGGGCAGAUUUUCCAAUUGAUGAAGAACAUGCCAAAGCAUCCACGAAUUCUUUUGUAGCAUUGAAUGGAGUUGUGGUGACUUGGGAAGAUGUCAAUUCAGCAUCUGAUUCAGGUCAGCCCUAUUACAGUUGUGAUACCAUGGUGCAAGCAGAGUGUUGUUUGCCAAUCUAUGAUGAAACCAAUUCUAAAGUGAUUGGUAUUAUUGAUGCAGAAGCACAUUCAAAGCAAUUCUUUUCCUUGGAGAGGAAAUUUAAAUUAUUGAGGGCGUGCUUUCUUUUGAGAUUUGUGUUCUCCAUGAUAUGA